AUGAGAACAGAUAUUGCAAUGCUUAGAAGAAAGGGGGAGUCUGUGAAGAAAAGGUUGGUGUCAGGUACAGCAGCCUCAUUGCAAGAACUCUCCUUACAGCCUUCUUCUAAUGGUAUUACAUCGGCUGGAAAGAGCGAAGAUGGAGAGGUGCCUGGUGAUGGAAUUUCUGGAGAAUUUGGGGCAGCAUUGACUGAUUCGAAUGUGGAGAACAAUGUUAAGGCAUUUGAUUUGAUCUUUACGAAGCUUAAAAGUACGAAUCAGCUGGAACGAGUGGCAGCGUCAUACGAGUUGAAAUCGUGUCUGAUUUCGCUAGCUCGAGAGGUUUCUACGGAGUAUUUCCAGCGUUUCAGCAAUGAUAUAAAUAAUAAGGUUUUCGAGUUGAUCCAUGGGACCGAAUCUAACGAGAAGCUCGGUGGUGUGCUAGCUGUUGAUACGUUGAUUGAUUUCUAUUCGCAUACUGAUGAAUUGCCCAAUCAGACGUCGAGAUUAGCGAAUUACUUGCGUGUGCUAAUACCGUCCAACGACAUCGAGGUGAUGAGAGCUGCGGCGACGACGUUGGGGAAGUUAGCGGUACCCGGUGGGACAUUGACGUCAGAGUUUGUUGAGUUCGAGGUGAAAACUUGCAUUGAAUGGUUGACGACUUCUCCGGAGAGUUCCUCUUCGAAUUCCAAGCAAGAGUACAGAAAGCAUGCAUCUUUGUUGAUUAUCAGUUCGAUCGCGCACAACUCGCCAUAUUUGCUAUACCCGUUCGUGAACUCGAUCUUAGAUAACAUAUGGAGGGCUCUAAGAGACACGAAGCUAGUUAUCAGAACCGAUGCAGCGGUCACGCUAGGGAAAUGUUUGACAAUUAUCAACGAUCGUGACUCUUCUUUGACUAAAAAAUGGGUACAAAGACUUUUCAAUGGCUGCAUAUACGGAUUGCAACUAAAUACAACGGUGUCUAUACACGGUACUCUAUUGGUAUACAGACAGCUUGUGUCCCUAGAAGGGGGAUACCUGAAGGACAAAUAUGAAGAAAUUUACGAGACAACAAUGAAGCAUAGAGACAAUAAGAAUAUUAUUAUCAGAAAGGAAAUAUAUGCUAUCAUUCCUGUUUUGGCAGCAUUUGAUCCAAAACUCUUCACUCAAAAAUAUUUGGAUGCAACCAUGAUACAUUACCUAACACUAUUGAAAAACAUGACUUCUCACCAAAUUGCACUAUCGGAUAAAGGCCCUAUAUUAGUCUCCAUCGGUGAUAUUGCAUAUCAUGUGGGUUCCGAAAUUGGCCCAUACCUUGAUGCCAUUGUAGAGAAUUUAAGGGAUGGUCUAGAAACAAAGUUCAAAACUAGGAAAGAAUUCGAAAAGGACAUAUUUUAUUGUGUUAGCAAACUAGCAUGUGCUGUUAGGCCAUUGUUAGCCAAAUAUUUAAACAGAGGAUUGCUUGACGCUCUAUUGGCAUGUCCCUUGAGCGAUCAUAUGCAGGAAACCCUUCUGGUUAUUUGCGAAAAAAUCCCUUCGAUGGAAGUUACAGUUAAUGAGAAGCUUUUAAAUAUCAUUUGUUUGGUUCUCUCAGGCGAAAAGUUCAGACCUCCAGGAUCACCAACGCCAAUGAAAUCGCUAUCGAGCGAAACAGCAAGGGCUUAUAGAGACCAAUCUUUACUCAGAAAGACAGGUGAAAAUAAUAAUGAUACUCUCGACGCAAUGAUUCUCACAAAAGCUUUAAGAAUGCUUUCAGAUAUUAAACCAAAAUAUUCUUUGACUGAAUUUAUUAGGAGAGUUAUAAUAUCCUACAUGGAACAUGAUAAUAUGCAAGUCAGAAAACUAGCUGCUCUGACUUCUUGUGACUUGUUCGUAAAGGAUUCAAUCUGCAAACAAACUUCAUUAUAUGCAUUAAAUGUGGUUUCAGAGGUUUUGAGUAAGCUAUUAACGGUCGCAAUUACAGAUCCAGUGGCCGAAAUCCGUCUAGAAAUACUAAAACAUUUAGACAGGAACUUUGAUCCACAACUUUCUCAACCAGAUAAUACAAAACUUUUAUUUAUGGCACUGAAUGACGAAGUUUUUGCCAUCCAAAUGGAAGCAAUGAAAAUCUGUGGUAGACUUGCCUUGGUGAACCCAGCAUAUGUCAUUCCAUCUUUAAGGAAAACUUUAAUUCAACUAUUGACUGAGCUAAAACACUCUAAAAUGACAAGAAAAAAGGAAGAAUGUGCAUCCUUGCUCUGUACUUUGAUCAGUUCCAGUAGCGACGUUACCAAACCUUACCUUGAGCCUGUGAUUGAGAUUUUGCUUCCAAAGUCUCAAGAUCCAUCUUCUGCUGUAGCAUCAACAGCGUUAAAAGCUUUAGGAGAAAUAUCAGUCGUUGGUGGUGAAGAUAUGCUACCUUUCUUGGAUGAAUUAAUGCCAUUAAUCAUCGAUACAUUCCAAGAUCAAUCCAACUCUUUCAAGAGAGGGGCUGCACUAAAGGCUUUAGGACAACUAGCUGCCUCUUCAGGAUACGUUAUCGAUCCUUUAUUGGACUACCCUGAAUUACUCGGUGUGCUUAUCAAUAUUUUGAAAUCAGAAAGUUCACAGAAUAUUCGCAGAGAAACUGUCAGAUUGAUCGGUAUUCUCGGGGCAUUAGAUCCAUACAAACAUAGAGAAGUGGAAAGAACAUCUAUAACGAAUAUUACUUCUGAGCAAAAUGCGCCUCCUAUUGAUGUCGCAUUACUAAUGCAAGGCAUGUCACCAUCUAACGAAGAAUACUACCCAACAGUUGUCAUCGGCGUUCUAAUGAAAAUAUUGAAAGAUCCUUCCUUAUCCAUACACCAUUCUACUGUCAUUCAAGCAAUAAUGCAUAUUUUCCAAACAAUGGGUCUUCGUUGUGUCAUUUUCUUAAAGCAGAUUAUUCCUGGUUUUAUACUUGUGAUGCAUACUUGUCCACCAUCCCUUCUUGAACUUUAUUUCCAACAACUCAGUGUAUUAAUAUCCAUUGUCAAGCAACAUAUCAGACCACAUGUUACCGAAAUUGUUGAUGUUAUUUCAGAAUUCUUCCCUGUAGUGAAGUUGCAGCUAACCAUCAUAUCUGUUAUUGAAUCGUUAUCGAGGGCUUUAGAAGGUGAGUUUAAUCCUCAUUUACCUACUAUUCUUUCUUUGUUUUUAGAUGUUUUGGAGAAAGAUCAAUCAAACAAGAAAGUUGUAUCUGUUAGAAUUUUGAAAUCUUUGGUGGUGUUCGGUCCUCAUCUAGAAGAAUAUGCCCAUCUUGUUCUACCUACAAUUAUUAAACUAUCUGAAUUCAGCUCAGGAAAUUUGAAAAAAGCAGCAAUUAUCACUAUUGGUAGGUUAUCCAAGAAUGUUAAUGCAUUGGAAAUGUCUUCAAGAAUCGUUCAAGCUUUGGUCAGAGUAUUAAAUACUUCGGAAACGGAAUACGUGAAAGCAACAAUGAACACCUUAAGUUUACUACUUUUGCAAUUAAACAUUGAUUUCACUGUAUUCAUACCAGUAAUCAAUAAAACGUUGGUAAAGCAGAAUAUCCAACAUACCAUAUAUGAUCGUUUAGUUGCAAAGCUUCUAAACAAUGAACCUUUACCAACAAAGAUUAUUAUUGACAAGGACUUUGAUUUACCUAACAAAGAGAUGGAUGAUGUCAAGGUUGCAUCGAAGAAACUCCCGGUCAAUCAAAUGGUUUUGAAAAAUGCUUGGGAUUGUAGCCAACAGAGAACAAAAGAAGAUUGGCAAGAGUGGAUUAGAAGACUUUCCAUAUCUUUACUCAAGGAAUCAUCAUCUCAUGCAUUGCGUGCAUGCUCUGGAUUGGCAGGUAUAUAUUACCCAUUGGCUAGAGAACUUUUCAACGCUUCGUUUGCAAGUUGUUGGGGCGAACUUUACACACAGUACCAAGAGGAUUUGAUACAAUCACUUUGCGCAGCUUUAUCUUCACCAAACAACCCACCUGAAAUCCAUCAGACUCUAUUGAAUUUAGUCGAGUUCAUGGAACACGAUGACAAACCCCUACCAAUAUCAAUUUCGACCUUAGGCGAAUACGCCCAACGUUGCCAUGCUUAUGCAAAGGCUCUUCAUUACAAGGAAUUAGAGUUUAUCGAAGAACCCUCGACAUCUACGAUUGAGUCAUUAAUAACAAUUAAUAAUCAAUUACAUCAAACAGAUGCGGCAAUCGGUAUAUUGAAGCACGCUCAACAACACCAUGAUUUGCAAUUGAAAGAAACUUGGUACGAGAAACUUCAAAGAUGGGAUGAUGCAUUGAAUGCAUACAACAAACGUGAAGCUGCUGGGGAAGAUUCAGUAGAGGUGACCAUUGGUAAAAUGAGAUCUCUACAUGCUUUGGGUGAAUGGGAUCAACUGUCUGAACUCGCCGCUGAUAAGUGGGCAUCUUCUCAACUAGAAGUUAAGAGAGCUAUUGCACCACUUGCCGCUGGUGCAGCAUGGGGCUUAGCACAAUGGGAUAGAGUAGAGCAAUAUAUUGAAGUGAUGAAGCCACAAUCUCCAGACAAAGCUUUCUUUGACGCUAUUCUAUGUCUCCAUCGUAACAAUUUUGAAAAGGCGGCGGAACACAUUUUCUCUGCCAGAGAUCUUCUAGUUACUGAAAUGUCUGCAUUGGUAAAUGAGAGUUAUAAUAGAGCUUACGGUGUUGUGGUAAGAACUCAAAUGGUUGCUGAGUUGGAAGAAAUUAUUCAAUACAAAAAACUUCCUCAAGGCUCAGAGACACGUGCCAUGAUAAGAAAAACAUGGAACAAAAGAUUACUUGGCUGUCAAAAGAAUGUAGAUGUUUGGCAAAGAGUAUUAAAAGUGAGAUCUUUGGUUAUUAAACCAAAGCAGGACAUGAAGGUUUGGAUUAAAUUUGCUAAUCUAUGCAGAAAAUCUGGAAGGCUUGGUCUUGCUCAAAAGACCCUAAAUACCCUUCUAGAAGAAAGUGGCGAUCCUAAGAAUCCAAACACUGCUAGAGCACCACCUCCAGUUGUGUACGCACAGUUGAAGUAUAUGUGGGCCACUGGCUCACAAAAAGAAGCUCUUAACCAUCUAAUCAGCUUUACUUCUCGUAUGGCACACGACCUUGGUUUAGAUCCUAGUAAUAUGAUUGCUCAAAGUGUGCCCCAAAACAGUAGUGUCUCUCAACACCACAUUGAAGAUUACACCAAGUUACUUGCUCGUUGCUUCUUGAAACAGGGUGAGUGGAGAGUAUCUUUACAACCAAAUUGGCGUUUAGAAAACCCAGAUGCCAUCCUUGGAUCUUACUUACUAGCCACACACUUUGAUAAAACAUGGUAUAAAGCCUGGCACAACUGGGCGUUGGCUAACUUUGAAGUGACAUCAUCCUUAACACAAAGAAUUAAGGAUGACAAGGUUCCUCCUACACUUGAAGAUGCAUCAACAGAGUUUACUAAUGGUGCAGUAGCAGGACUAAAUGCAAAUGAUAACUUCCCACCUGAACUUGUUCAACGCCAUGUAGUACCUGCUAUAAAGGGAUUUUUCCAUUCUAUCGCACUCUCCCAAUCAAGUUCUCUACAGGACACUUUAAGAUUGCUAACUUUGUGGUUCAAAUUUGGUGGUAUCCCUGAAGCUGCUCAGGCUAUGCAUGAAGGUUUUGGAUUGAUCAAGAUUGAUAAUUGGUUAGAAGUCAUUCCUCAGUUGAUCUCUCGUAUUCAUCAACCUAAUCAAACUGUUAGUCGUUCAUUGUUGUCGCUAUUAGCUGACUUGGGUAAGGCACAUCCUCAAGCUUUAGUUUACCCAUUGACUGUCGCUAUCAAAUCAGACUCUGUCUCAAGACAGAGGGCGGCAUUGUCGAUCAUUGAUAAAAUGAGAAUGCAUAGUCCAAAACUAGUUAAUCAAGCCGAAUUAGUCAGUGAUGAGUUGAUUAGAGUUGCGGUCUUGUGGCAUGAAUUAUGGUACGAGGGUUUGGAAGAUGCAAGUAGACAAUUCUUCGGGGAACAUAACACAGAGAAAAUGUUUGCUACUCUUGAACCGCUACAUGAAAUGUUGAAACGUGGUCCAGAAACAUUACGCGAAAUAUCUUUCCAGAACUCGUUUGGCCGUGAUUUGAAUGAUGCUUAUGAAUGGGUCUUGAACUACAAGAGAACUAAGGAUAUUAAUAACCUAAAUCAAGCAUGGGACAUCUACUAUAACGUCUUCCGUCGUAUUAGUAGAAAGCUACCUCAACUACAAACUUUGGAUCUACAGCAUGUAUCCCCUAAACUUUCUGCUGCCAAGGACCUCGAACUUGCAGUUCCAGGUACAUAUCAUGCUGGUAAACCAAUUGUGAGGAUCACACACUUUGAACCUGUUUUCACUGUGAUUUCCUCUAAACAAAGACCUCGUAGGGUUAUAAUAAAGGGCAGUGAUGGUAAAGAUUAUCAGUAUUUGUUGAAGAGUCACGAAGAUAUCAGACAGGAUAAUUUGGUCAUGCAAUUGUUUGGUUUAGUUAAUACACUAUUGCAAAAUGAUCCAGAAAGUUUCCAAAGACACUUGAACAUCCAACAGUACCCUGCCAUCCCACUAUCACCAAAGACUGGUCUAUUAGGUUGGGUGCCCAACAGUGACACGUUCCACGUGUUGAUACGAGAACAUCGUGAAGCUAGUAAGAUCCCAUUAAACAUCGAACAUAGAAUUAUGCUUCAAAUGGCUCCAGAUUACGAUAAUCUAACCUUGUUGCAAAAGGUGGAAGUGUUCACUUACGCACUAGACAAUACAAAGGGACAAGAUUUAUACAAGGUCUUGUGGUUGAAGAGUAGAUCGUCCGAGUCCUGGCUUGACCGUCGUACGACCUACACGAGAUCAUUAGCUGUCAUGUCGAUGGUAGGCUAUAUUUUGGGUCUUGGUGACCGUCACCCAAGUAAUUUAAUGCUCGACCGUAUAACGGGUAAGGUGGUGCAUAUUGAUUUCGGUGACUGUUUCGAGGCGGCCAUCUUGAGAGAAAAGUAUCCUGAAAAGGUGCCAUUUAGACUAACAAGAAUGCUAACUUAUGCAAUGGAAGUCAGUGGAAUAGAAGGAAGUUUCCGUAUUACAUGUGAGAACGUUAUGAUGGUCUUAAGAGAUAACAAGGAAUCUUUGAUGGCCAUCUUAGAAGCUUUUGCAUAUGAUCCAUUGAUCAACUGGGGUUUCGAUCUACCAACACACGCAGUCAUGGAACAAACUGGUAUAGAUCUACCUCUAGCAAACCCAAGCGAGUUACUCAGAAAGGGCGUCAUCUCAGUAGAAGAUGCUGCCAAGAUGGAACUGCAACAGAAAGCAGAAGUUCGGAACGCCAGAGCAACGCUUGUUCUAAAGAGAAUCGCAGAUAAGCUUACUGGUAAUGAUUUCCCAAGGUGUCAAGAGCUUUCAGUACCUGAUCAGGUCGACAAAUUGAUCCAACAGGCCACCUCCGUCGAGAAUCUCUGCCAGCAUUACAUCGGUUGGUGUUCAUUCUGGUGA